UACGUGAGAGUAAAGUUUAAUUUCACUCGUUAAUUUAUAUUAUAAUACUGCGGUAAUCAGCAGCCUAUGUAUUAUAAUUUGAUCUGCAUGUUUCGUAUUUUUAUAUUUGAAUAAUUCAUUGUAUCCUAAAACAGUAAAGAAUGUAUGCAUGUGUGCUUUAUAUAUAUUGUAUGUAUAAAGCUCCCUUGAUAAUAAUAAUAAUAUUUAUAGGGGGGAGAGAAAAACAACGAAAGUAUAGAAUGAACAAUAAUAAAUAUAGUGAUACAAGUUUUAAAAGUUACGUUUCAUUUUUAUUUUUAAACUCCUUGAUGAAAACUUGGAUACUAUCAUGCUGGUACGACAUUUCCUUUUUUAAUUAGGUAUGACCGAAAAUUUCCGAAUUUAUUGAAUAAAUGCUAAUCGUCCAACUUCGUUAACAAGUUUUAAACAAAGAAAAAAAAUUUUCUAGGGUUUUCCUGAAAGUGUGUCAAAAAAAAUUUUUUGGGGUAUACCUUUUUUUAAAAAAAUUUUU